AUGUCUCGACUUGCUAGCCUUGAAAGCAUGAACGAUAUUGCCAUGGCAGUGGAUACCCUUUUAAUCGAGGGCCCAGAGGAAUUCGAUGCGAAAGAUGAUACUAUGGACUGGCAGACUUUAUAUUUUCGAUCUAGACAGGUAAUCACCAAACUUCGAUCGGGCCAUCGAUAUGAGCGCAAUGGACUUAUUAUGGAGAAUUUGUCAAUACGCAGAGACACUAAGCUUCUUCGCGCUGUAUUUUCUAAGUUACAGCGUAAUAGCUCGAGGGUAUUGGCUCAGGAACUCUACAGAGACAACGCCGAAUGCAGCACUCAUGUGAAAAUUCUAGCCGCCAGCGUCAAAGAUCUAUCGCUGCAGGUAUCUAGAAAGAACGAGGCUGAAAUCAAAAAGCGAAGACUUGAGAAUGAUCUACGCGUCCUGAAGGAAGAUAUGAACAAAAUGACGACAGAGCAUCGUGGUACAAUUAUUACUCUUAAGGAAGAAAGUCGAGCUUUGGAGAACAAACUCUUGAGGAGUAGUUUAAAAAUCAAAGAUCUAGACCAUGCGCUUGAGGUGUACAGCGAAGUAGCUGAAAACAUUAUGAAUAGGAAAAGAGAAUGGAGCAAACCUCCUCGGCAACGUGAUAGCCGCAUUAUUGAGCAGGGGAAUAGGGUUGCGCAUGGAGGAACGUGUCUCGCAGACGCUUACCGAAUCAUGUCAACUAGCAACAACUGCUCGGGAUGGUUCAAGGAAUAUUAUGGAAUAACUCCCGAAACAGUGAUUGCGCUUGAAACAAGCGACGCAUUCAAGAAACUUCUCGAUAUGCGAUACGAAGUCUAUCGCUAUAGAAACGACGUUGGAACUCCUACUCGUGGAUUUGAAGAGGGAUUUCAAAAGUUGUUGAAGGCAGUUCUGGUAGACACGAGCGCAGCUGCUGAAUCUGUGCAGAAGCUUCUUGUGGGAGACAAUAAGACGGAAUUAGGCAGUAUCUACCAGAGCAUCUGUAUCACGUGGAAUGCAGCAACAACUGUUAGCAACUUGCAUGAGAAAGAGGCGUUCUGA